AAACCUUAUUGUUUCGCUACUGACGUCCAAAAGAAAACACCACCAUAUCACGUGUUGUUCUCUGAGCAAUUUUCCGGUCGACCCUUCUUCACUCCGAAUCUCCGAUCGAACACGAUUGCCUCCUGUCUUCGAUUUUAAAGAGCUUUGCACGAUGACUGGCUUACCAAUUCUGAACACAUUCUUGGUCGGCUUCCUUCUCGUUAUCAAGCUGCUACUAGUUGAUGAUUAAUCCGAUGAAGAAACUGCCGUUUGGAUAACCACGAUUCUGAGCUCAAUCGCAGGUUCUAACUUCUCUGUUAUUUAAAUUCUAGAUUCGCUCUGAUACCAAUUCAAGAUUGAUUUCUCGGCAGCGACAACCUUCCUCGUUGCAGCUUACCAAGUCGAUCCCAACCCCUUGGUUUGCAGGUUGUUGAAUCAAAAACCCCAGAAAGAUUCGAUUUCGGUAUUCAAUUUAUGUAAAAUUUCCGACGAGUGUGAUCCAAUAGAAGAAGAUGAAGAAAUCCACACAUACUACUAUAAUUUUCAUCGUGUUGAUCGCACUAGUAUCUAAAUCAAACGGGGACGCUAGAGCCAAAAUAAUAAAAACGCAAUGUACUAAAACCUUAGGCGACAACGAAGAACUAUUUACCAAAAACUAUAUCCGUGCAUUGGAAAUAAUUGGUGCACAAAUUCAAACUUCACAUAACGUAACAACAGCGGUGGGAACUGGCCCGAACAAAAACUAUGUUAUGGCCGAAUGCUAUGGUGAUCUUUCUUCACUAGAUUGUGUCUUAUGCUAUGCCCAGAUGCGUACUUCUUUUCCAGGAUGCUACCCUGGGAGCGGUGGACGCAUUUAUCUUGACGGUUGCUUUUUACGACUCCAAAAUUAUAGCUUCUUCGAGGAGUAUACAAGCCCGAUUGAUACCACUAUAUGUGGGAAUACGACAAGAAAGAGUUCAUUGUUUCAAGAGUCAACAAGUCGGGCAGUGGUCAAUGCUGUAUCAAGUGCGUUAAGAAACAAUGACUACUUUGCUAUGGAAGAAAUGUUAGGGUCGGUUCCUAAUGAUUUGAGCGUGUAUGUGUUGGCGGAAUGUUGGAAGACUUUGAGCCCGAAUUCUUGUAAGGCGUGUUUGAAAAAUGCAUCGAUGUCGAUAACAAAGUGUUUACCGUGGUCCGAGGGUCGUGUUUUGAACACGGGGUGUUUCAUGAGGUAUUCGGAUACCAACUUUCUCAAUCUUGUGCCAGUCACAAGGAGCUCUAGCAAUAGAGGGAGGAUAAUAGCUAUUGUGGCUUGUGUUAGUUCUGUGACAGUUAUUACAGCUGCUUUAAUGAUUGUUGUAUAUAUCAGGAAAAGCAGAUAUAUACAACACAGGAGAACAGCUUCUUAUGAUGCCAACAAACUAGCGAAGAAUCUUAACGACAGCGGCUUGAAUUUCAAAUACUCAACCGUCGAAAAAGCUACACGACACUGGGAUUACUCUAAUAAGCUUGGACAAGGAGGAUUCGGGACCGUCUACAAGGGGGUCCUUACAGACGGACGAGAAAUAGCUGUGAAGAGGCUCUUCUUCAACUACAAAUUCAGAGUGGCAGAUUUCUAUAAUGAAAUUAAUAUAAUUAGGAGUGUUCAACAUAAAAAUCUGAUUAGGUUAUUAGGAUGCAGUUGUUCAGGGCCCGAAAGCAUUCUUAUAUAUGAAUAUAUGCCCAACAAGAGCCUUGACUUCUUCAUUUUUGAUAAAAUAAAAGGCAAGGAAAUAGGCUGGGAGAAGAGAUUUGAGAUUGUUAUUGGUAUAGCAGAAGGCCUGGUUUACCUUCAUGAGAAUACUCACCACCGGAUUAUUCACAGGGAUAUUAAAGCUGCUAACAUCUUAUUAGACUUUAGGCUUCGUCCCAAAAUAGCCGAUUUCGGGCUUGCCAGGUCUUUUCAAGACGAUAAAAGCCACAUCAGCACCGGCAUUGCAGGAACACUCGGGUAUAUGGCUCCAGAAUACUUAGCCCAUGGUCAGUUAACCGAAAAGGCAGAUGUCUAUAGCUUUGGUAUUCUAAUUCUGGAGGUGGUCACUGGAAUGGAAAGCAACAGAAGCAAAACCACUGAGUUUACCGACGACAGCUUACUGUCUACUGCAUGGAAGCAUUUCAAGCAAGGUACAGUGGAAGAAAUAUUCGACACAAAUCUAAUGAUGCACAUGUAUCCUAACAUAAAUUUUCAAAAAGAGGUCAUUAAAGUGGUACAUAUAGCACUUCUUUGCACCCAAGAAGCUCUAUCUUUAAGACCAUCCAUGUCAACAGCACUAAAGAUGUUAGCAAAAGAUGAUUACCCAUUACCCGCCCCUUCUAAUCCCCCUUUUAUAGACGAAUUAACCAUGGAACUUAACAACAUUACACAAAGUACAAGCUUUUGAUUUCUUAAAAGUAGUCAACAUGUCUUUGAAUACUUGUAAGUUGUAACACAUACGUACGAUUUGUACAUUAUAAUUUAUAAGAUAUGGGAUUGUAUACUUGUAACACA